CCCAGGCUUCCUGUCUGCGCGUGCGGAAUCGCUGUUUGACCCCGGAAGCGCUGGCGCCCGGGGAGCUGUCACCGCGGACGGCGGCGGCGCGGCGCCGGGAGCGGAGCCGCCGAGGAGGCUCACGCAGCACAAUGCCAGCUCUGCCCCUGGAUCAACUCCAGAUCACCCGCAAGGACCUGAAGACAGGAAAGCUGAGGACUUCGCCUGCGCUGCACCCCGAGCAGAAGGCAGACCGGUAUUUUGUGUUAUACAAACCGCCCCCUAAAGACAACAUUCCCGCCCUAGUGGAGGAGUACCUGGAACGCGCCACCUUCGUAGCCAAUGACCUCGACUGGCUCCUGGCCUUGCCUCACGAUAAAUUCUGGUGCCAGGUCAUCUUCGACGAGACGCUGCAGAAGUGCCUGGACUCUUACCUGCACUAUGUCCCCCGGAAGUUCGACGAGUGGGUGGCCCCGGCCCCCGAGGUGGUGGACAUGCAGAAGCGCCUCCAUCGGAGUGUUUUUCUCACCUUCCUCCGCAUGUCCACGCACAAGGAAUCCAAAGAUCAUUUCUUUUCCCCCUCGGCGUUUGGAGAAAUCCUCUACAAUAACUACCUGUUUGACAUCCCAAAGAUUCUGGACCUCUGUGUGCUCUUUGGAAAAGGCAACUCGCCACUCCUCCAGAAGAUGAUAGGAAACAUCUUUGUCCAACAGCCAAGUUACUACAGUGACCUGGAUGAAACCCUGCCCACCAUCCUUCAGGUCUUCAGCAAUAUCCUCCAGCACUGUGGUUUGCACAGGGAUGGGGCCAGUGCCACCCCGCAGAAGCUCGAAGAGAGAGGCCCGGUAACCCCCAGCCACAUGCCUCUCCUGGAAUUAAAGGACGUUGUUCUCUACCUUUGUGACACCUGCACUACACUCUGGGCCUUCCUGGAUAUCUUCCCGUCGGCCUGCCAGACAUUCCAGAAGCACGACUUCUGUUGCAGACUGGCUUCCUUUUAUGAAAUAGCGAUUCCCGAGCUGGAGUCUGCCAUUAAGAAGAGGAGGCUCGAAGACCCCAAGCUGCUCGCUGACUUGUGGCAGAGGCUCUCCCAUUCCAGGAAGAAGUUACUGGAAAUUUUCCACAUCCUCAUGAACCAGAUCUGCCUUCUUCCGGUUCUUGAAAGCAGCUGUGACAGUAUCCAGAGCUUCAUCGAAGAGUUCCUACAGAUCUUCUCGUCCUUGCUGCAGGAGAAGAGGUUCCUUCGUGACUAUGACGGACUCUUCCCUGUGGCCGACGACAUCAGCUUGCUCCAGCAGGCCUCGUCACUCUUGGACGAGACGCGGGCUGCCUACAUCCUGCAGGCGGUCGAGAGUGCGUGGGAAGGAGUGGACCGCCGGAAAGCCACAGAUGCUAAAGGGCCCCCAGGGACGGAGGAGCCAAACGGGGCUGAGGUGGCUUCUGAGCCAGUGAGCGGGUCAUUGUCACAGCCUGGGAAGUCAGAGGAUGAGGAGUGCCUGGGGGCCGCGGCUGCCCCCAUCCCCUCCGUGAGCGGAGUGGAGCUGGACUCGCUCAUCUCCCAAGUUAAGGACUUGCUGCCGGACCUGGGCGAGGGCUUCAUCCUGGCCUGCCUGGAGCACUACAGCUACGACCCGGAGCAGGUGAUCAACAACAUCCUGGAGGAGCGGCUGGCCCCCAGCCUCAGCCAGCUGGACCGCAGCCAGGACAGACAGGUGACACCCGACCCCACGCCUCUGCUGACAUCCCGCCACAACGUCUUCCAGAACGAUGAGUUUGACGUGUUCAGCCGGGACUCGGUGGACCUGAGCCGGGUGCACAAGGGCAGGAGGAAGCCAGAGACGGCGCGGAGCCUGCUCAACGACAAGCGGGAUGUGGACGCCCAGCGGCAGCGCUACGAGCAGUACAGCGUGGUGGUGGAGGAGGUGCCCCUGCAGCCAGGUGAGGCCCUGUCCUACCGAGGCGACAGCUACGAGGACGAGUACGACGACACGUACGACGGCAACCAGGUGGGCGCCAACGAUGCCGACUCGGAUGACGAGCUCAUCAGCCGCAGGCCCUUCACCACCCCUCAGGUGCUGAGAACCAAAGUGCCCAGGGAAGGGCAGGAGGAAGAGGAGGAGGAAGAAGAGGAGGCGGAGGAUGAGGCCCCCAAGCCUGACCAUUUUGUCCAGGACCCCGCAGUGCUGCGAGAGAAGGCGGAAGCCCGGCGCCUGGCGUUCCUGGCCAGGAAGGGACACCGGCAUGACAACUCUGCGGCGGUGGCCGGCAGCCCCCGGGGCCACGGGCAGAACCGGGAGACCACCCAGGAGCGCAGGAAGAAGGAGGCCAGCAAGGCGACCCGCGCCAACCACAACCGGAGGACCAUGGCGGACCGCAAACGGAGCAAAGGCAUGAUCCCCUCCUGAGGCAGCUGGGCCAGAGCCAGGGGUGGACCCCCACACCCGCUCCGGGUCAGCGCCGCACCUCGACCGCCUCAGCUUCACAGUCCCUGAGAAGGCCGCCUCGUCGUCCACCAGCCAGCCGUGAGCGCCUUCUUGCAGAACACACAGUGCCUUAUCCCACAACAGAGGGACCCGUGGGGCCGGCAAGCAGGCGACAGGACAGGGACAGAGCCCCAGGCCCCCAGGCCUUGAGCAGCACGAGACCACUUCCCCUUUGCCCUUCCCUGGACGGCAGGACACCUGUCAACUCACAAACAAAAACAACCAGGCCUGCGAAUAAAGUGUUUGACCCUUUGGAGCAAUGAUCCCUGAUCAUUGCCCCUUCUGCAGUGACCACUGCCUCCUGGUGCAGAAGAGGCCCCCGUGGCCACUGGGCUCUUCUCCCACCCCCGCAGGCUGGCCUCUCAUGGGAACCCCUCGCUGUGGGGCUCUGAGCAGAUCACCCCCCUUCUCGAGCCUCUGGUCU